CUUCCUCCUCAUCCUCCACUUUCACUCAUCCAUCCGCAGCUCGGGGGCACAGGCAGGCCAUGCUUCUCCCUCGCGUCUCGCCUCACACUGCGCACCCGGCGCGGGCGCAAGCCAUGCUGCGCCUGCGCCUGCGGCACGCCUCGCUUGCCUCUGCCUUGCGGCGCCCGGCAGCGCACUGGCUGCAUCUCAGCAGCUCCGCCUCCGCCUCUAGCAACAGCAGCAACAGCAGCAACAGCAGCAACAGCAGCAGCAGCAGCAGCAGCAGCAGCAGCAGCAGCAGCAGCGCGUCGAGCACAUCGAGCGCAGCCGAGCUGCCGCCGAGGCCGCGGCGGUCUCUCCUCUACGUGCCCACGUCUUCCGCGCGCAAGCUCUCCGGCGCCUUGCAGUCCAAGCCCUCCAGCUCGCACGACGGCGCGCCCGACACGCUCAUUCUCGACCUCGAAGACUCGGUCGCGCCUUCUCAGAAGGACGCCGCGCGCGACGCACUCGUAGAGGCGCUGAGUGGGCGCACACAAGGUGGGACAUCAGAGGUGGCGGUGCGCAUCAAUGCGCCGAGCGAAGGCAUGGGCAAUGGAAGUACGGCACUCAGAGAUGCAAGGGCCGUGCUGGCUUGUCGAGGCGUCGAAGCCAUUGUGCUGCCGAAAGUCGAGUCGGCAGCAGAUGUACUGUCCAUCCUGUCUCUCUCGCAUGCCAUCCGUCCCAAGAUUCCACUCUCCCUGAUUCUCUCCAUCGAAUCCGCCUCUUCUCUUCUCCUUAUGCCCUCUCUUCUCUCCUCCCUCAUCGCACAUCACGGCUCCCUCGCCAAGGCGGGCAUUGCAGCACUGCUCUUCGCCAGCGAAGACUACUGUGCCGCCACGGGCAUUGAGCGCACGCGCGAAAGGAUGGAGCUGCUCUAUCCCAGAGCCCAACUCGUCACCGUGGCAAAGGCAUUUGGAGUAGGCGCCAUCGACAGGGUCUGCGUCGACUACAAAGACACGGACAACCUGCGCGCCGAGGCGCGCGAGGCGCGCCAGCUGGGCAUGACGGGCAAGCAGGCCAUUCAUCCGGCGCAGGUCGCGCACAUCAAUGCCACCUUCUUGCCGAGUGCCAAAGACAUCGCACGCGCGGCCAAGAUCCGCGCCGCGUACCUUGCCAGCGUCGCCGCACAGGCGGGCGCGGUGGGCAUGGAGGAGAAUGGCAGCAUGGUCAUGAUUGAUGCGCCUAUGCUCAAGCAGGCGGACGCGACGCUGGCGAAGGCACGAGCUGCGGGAUUGGACAUUCCGGAUGUCUGA